UCCAGUCCAGGGUAUAUAAGUAUGUACGACAAGAAGCAGAUACUUUUCAACCAGCGUAGACCUGCACACAGCCACUUACAGAAGCAACCAGCAGUCCAAGCGCAAAAAAAAAGAGCACAAGCGGAAAUCCAAGUUUUUAUCCAAACUUCUUUCUAUUUAGAGAAGACAGGAGAAGAAGUAAGUGGUAGAUAGGAAGCAGCAACAAACAGAAAGUACCUGACUGCACAUACAGUAGUCAUUUCUGUCGCUGCGAUUAGUUGUUCGCCCUGGAACAUACCUUUGCUCGUGUGACGCCUGACUUUUAACCUGUGAAGUCCAGCCUGGAGAGGCUCCUUGUCGCUGGUACAAACUUUUAACAGACAGACAGACCAACACGUCCACCUGAGAAGCAGGAUGCCUGAGCUGCCUGCUUUCCCCCGAAUGUCUUUCCUGUUGCUUUGCAUUCUGGGUAUGACCUUGAUGACGUCUGGCUUCCCUCAGCCUCGACUACCUCUCAGAAGUGCUGAUGAUUCAGAGGAACCUAAACGAGAUGACUGGGACGUGCUCUUCCCCUCCAUCUCUCUCCGUGAUUGGAGCAUUCAAAUGAUGUCGGCGCCCAGCCUCAGAGCAGCAGCUGAUAGCAAGGCAGGACUGAUGAGGGAGGCGUGGCUGUUUGCCCCUGAGAGGGCCGAGGCCAGCGUGGAAAGGUCGUGGCCUGCUGAAUGGGCGCCUCAGGGUGCCGGCACGGUGAAGAGGAACAUGGUGGUGGCUGAUGAUGCUGCCUUCAGAGAGAAGAGUAAACUCCUCACCUCCAUGGAGAGACAGAAGUGGCUCAACUCCUACAUGCAGAAACUACUGGUGGUUAAUUCUUAAUGAUAGUUUAGUCUUUACAGCCCUUUACUCAGAAAAUCAAACCACCUCUCUGCGCCCUGCGCUGGCAGAAAGCUUUUAAAGGGAUACCCCAAGUCUCUGGGUUAUUGCUCAGUCCGCCAACUUAUGAAACGACAAGAUAUCGUAGACAUCAAAAGUCAUCAACACUUGCUGUAUUAGUGGUGCUCAAGUGUAGCAUCUCAAAAUUAUAUUCCCAUUUUUUUGAGCACUUUCACUAUAAUUUGGUGUUAUUUAAUUUGAUGAAUAAAUAAAGAUGCAAAUUAUGUUUUCAACGACUGUGGCUUGUGUUUGACUUCAUACAGUAGUACUGC